UCCCACCGCGAUACCACAGUCUGCCAUAUAAAGAAGACUUCUCAAGAACCCAGUAAACCAUGUUCUACAACCCCCCCCAACUUACACUUUCUACAGCCUUUUUCUAGUCUCAAAUAAACAAGCUAGACUUCAAAGCUUCAUUUAGAGAGGGAUAGAGAUGAGUAGCUUAGAAGAGGAAAGACUGGUUCAGAUGGUAGAGGAUUUUAUUGAAUCAGAAUCACCAUCACCCAUUUUUUCUGCUUCCUCAAAGAGUCUUCCUCGUAAACAUCAUGCCCAAUAUCUCACUUUACAGGAGAUUCUCGGGAGUGGGACAAAAGCUGAGGCUGAGGUCCUUGAGACUGUGUUGAAGCAUAUGAGAAGCAGAAGGGUUGCUGAGAAAACAACCAGUCUGAAAAAGUGGCUUGUCACGCGGCUCAAAAGGGAUGGCUUUAACGCUUCUCUUUGUCAAACAUCUUGGGUUACUUCCGUGGGAUGCCCUGCUGGCGAUUAUGAAUACAUUGAUACAACAGUGCAGAAAUAUGAGAAUGGUGAUGAUUCAAUAAGGCUGAUAUUGGACAUGGAUUUCAAGUCACAGUUUGAACUUGCAAGGCCUACAGCAGCGUACAAGGAGCUCACAGAUACACUCCCACACAUCUUUGUUGGGACAGAGGAAAAGCUUAACAAGAUAAUCUCUCUGCUAUGCUCAGCUGCCAAACAGUCAUUUAGAGACAGGGGCCUCCACAUACCGCCGUGGAGAACUACCACUUACAUGCAGUGUAAAUGGCUUUCUAGCUGUCAAAAAGUCCCUGGAGAGAACAGAGAAGCGAAAGGCAGUGCGCGUGGUUAUAGCAAGUGGGCACCAUCGCCUCCCAUGGUGAAGCCCAAGAGGAGCCAUUUGGGUGGUGGCUCGGGCUUGUCUAGCCAGUUUUCAAAGAUGAGCAUAAACUGUUGCUGAUAGUUUUGUUCCUGUAUUCUUAAUUUCGGCGGAGGCCGCCUAAUUUUGGUCCCUUGUUUUUUUUGUCUUUUUUUUCUCGGAAGUUUUGGUGAUUUGAUCCUUUUUUGUAUUGAGGUUAUGGAUGUAAUGGCACCAAUGGCAAAUAAACUUUUCUGCCAUUUUAGUU